GGCAACAACCGCCUCCGAUGAAAUCAUGUCUAUCAUGUCACCAACAAAUCCAUAGAAAUGCACCAAUCUGUCCUUUGUGUAAAGCUAAAUCUCGCUCUCGCAAUCCCAAGAAACCAAAGAAGAAAGACUAAUAACUCGAUUUUCUGUGUGCAUAACAAUGUCUAAUCACUCUGAUCAAGUAUUUAAAUUUAUUUAAAUAUUUGAGUAUUUCAGUAUACUGGUAAAUUAUGAUUUAUAAAAGUGGAAAUUGGUAUUGCAUGAGUCCCAAUAAUCCAUUUACGAAUUUCUAAAAAGUGGCAUAAUAAAUUUUAAAUCUCAAACAAAUUAAAUCAAUGUUUUGACUGUAAAUGCAUUUUGUGUAGGAUGUUUCAUAUAAAGUAAGUUCAGGCGACACAUGAGAUUCUAAUUUUGAUAGAUGAAAGAGAAUUUCAUUUUUGAAAUUGUUCGCAUGCUACGUAAUAUUCAAAAUAAAUAUAAUAAGAGUAGAAACAUAACACGAACUUGGUUUUCAAUAUAGUAAAGUCAAUUAAAUACAAUUUUUAAUAUUGUACAAGAACUCUAUUUUAUCAGUCAGAAUUAGAGUCUGAAAUUGUAGCCCAAUAAACGAUGUAUACUAAUAAAUUUACAUUGAAUAUUCCACUAUAAACGAAAUAUUACGAUCGAGUGAUGUGAGUAUAUUUCUCUAUGUUUGUGUAUCCUUACGUUAUUUCUAUACACACUACCGUGCAUAAGUAUCGAGACACUUGCUUUUCUUCGAAAAAAUAUGAAUAAUAUUAUAUGCAUUGCGUUAAAAUUAACUUUACAUUGCAUUUAGUAAUGUUUUAAAAGUUAUAGCCUGGUACUAAGAUUAUUAUUUUUCAAUGUAAUCCAUAAACAAUCAGGGGGAUGGGGAAUAGUCACAAAUAAGUUAACCAACUUUCCAGCUAAAGUGCAAUUUUGCUACUUUUUUUUAUAUGCAAUCUUACUAGUUUGGCCUGUAUACUAUAGCAAUAUGUUUAUGGAAGUAUUAGAUGAUAUUGUCCACUUGUUUACAAACAUUGCUGCCAAUUUAGUCGUUAUCUUUGAUACAAUAAUAUCGCGACUAUUGUUUUUCCUUCAAUUAUUGUUGUGUUACGUCCGACGCAACGCAACCCCAUUGCCCCCCACCCCCUUUCAGCACCCCUCAAUACUCCCAUUACCAAAGGUCAAAGACCACAAUAGAUGUAACCGAUCCCUAAUGAACAUGCGUUAGUUAUUAUAAAUUAUAAGUUAUAUAUAUAUAUAUAUAUAUAUAUUAAUAAUUUAGGGAUAUCAUUAUAUUAUACUAUAUUGUACAUGACAUCUCAUACUCUCUCACAUUUCCAGAAAUCACACCAACACCGUGACAUUACAGGUGGAUGAGCGGGAAGAAAGAGAGAUCACGGCAAACGAAGAACAAGUACGGCACGGGCAGCAAUGCUGAACAAAAUACCUAGAAAUGAGGUGCCUAAAGAGCAUUUUUAUUAUAGCACCGCGAAUACCGCGCACACCAGAACUCUUACCCGCCACCCUCGCACCCACCUCACCACCAAGAUAAUUCCGACAAUGCACUAAUCCAAGGAAGAAUCCGCGAUCGAAGGCCUGUAACGAGAAUUCUAUUGAACGACCGGAUACAACUGCCUCGAUCACGCCAUAACACGUAUCCAAAUUCCCCGAGAUUUCCUGACAUUGCACUCAAUCCACUCCAAACACAAAGUCCUCCUUGCAAACAUCGAUGCCGAUCAUCCGUAGUUACUAAUCGAUCCUCUGGUAGAGCAGUAUCCCUUUUGGAGUCUCGAGCUGAUUGUCCGCGUCAGUCAAGUGUUGUGCAGAUCAAAUACCUUAGGGCCUAUUUUGAUCUAGCUUGCCUUAGGGCCCAAGCGAAAAGUGUAUCACUUCAGUGCCGGUCGUCCACACAAAAAGAACUCAUUUCUUGGCAUUUCAAUAAGCAUUCGUCUAGGCGAAUGUCCACCUUAGGGCUGGACCAAGAAUUUCCCAUUCAGCCAAAUCUAUUUCGCUAUCGUCGAGAACCGAACGCCGUCUCUCUCUCUUUCUCUGCUCGUCCACCGGUAAGUAGCUUACAUUCUUACAUCUUUUUAUAUAUCUUUGUAACUCAUACUACACACGUUGACGAUCACAUAUACAGUGCUAUUCGAAUUUCGCUCUGUUAGUAGAUUAAUAUACUCUCUCCUACAUCUGACUGUACCGGCUACUUGUAUUCUAACCUAUUGUUUCAUUAUAUUUAGUUAAACCAUA